AUGACAUCGCUCAAGCGUAGCAGCAAUGGAGCUUGGGCCACCCCGCCCUCCUCUGUCUCUCCCACUUCCAACGUCGACUGUGCCGUCAACCUCCUCACCCUCUGCGCUCUCUGCCAGGCCAUACCCCGUCGUCUCGGCCUCUUCUUUUUUGGACUACCACCAAACAUCAUUCACGCACCUGGCUCUCUGCCGUCCGUCCACCGUCUGACGCCCGCCAUGAAGUGCCACAACCCCUUCGGCUUCCGGGUCGGACCCGUGACCUUCUGGACCAUCAUCAUCUACCUUGCUCUCCUAGUACCUCUGCUGUGGAUUCAUGAGACCGUGCCCCCCGCGCCGUCCUCCCCGACCCCGACCCCCGGUAUCAAUCUGACCGAAGCCUGGCACGACUUGACGACGAUCACGAAACACUACCACCCCUACAACAGCCGUGACAACGAACGUGUUGGUGACUACAUCCUCGAGCGCAUCGCGGCCAUUCUCGACCGCAACGAUGUGAACUGGACCCUGGAAAAGACUGGUGCCGUGCAGGGGACCAAGACCAUCGCUUCCAAGCGAAACGUCGAUGUCACCCUCGAGCUCUCCAGCCGUUCUUCCUCUGCCCCAUCCGUGACGGUCUUCGAUGACAACCUCGCCAAUGUGACGUGGGCGACCGAUAUUGGCAUGCUUGGCGAUCACACUGCUGGCGUGGGCACAUACUUCGAGGGCACCAACAAACUGGUUUACAUUCGUGGCACCGAGGAUGAACAAGGCGAGUGGUGGAAGUCCGGCAAGAAUGACGUGCGCGUCAUUGGCAAAGGAGGUGUUCUCGUCAACGCCCACUACGACUCGGUUGCGUCCGGUUACGGUGCCACUGAUGAUGGCAUGGGAUGCGUGAGUAUUCUGCAGAUUCUCAACUAUUUCACGACCCAGGGCCGACAGCCGAAACGCGGCCUGCUGCUCCUCUUCAACAAUGGCGAAGAAGAUGGCCUGUUGGGGGCCAAGGCUUUCGCGAACAGCCCCCUGUUCUCGUUCCCUACCACAUUUGUCAACUUGGAGGGUGCCGGCGCCGGCGGCCGUGCCGUCUUAUUCCGAUCAUCUGAUGAGCAGGUCACCAAGGCGUACCAGAAGGCCCCUCACCCGUUCGGUCUGGUCGUCGCUUCAGACGGAUUCUCCAUGGGCCUUGUCAAGAGUCAGACCGACUUCGUAGUCUGGGACGACAUCUUUGGCCAACGUGGGCUCGACAUUGCCUUUUACAGACCCCGUCCCCGCUACCACACUGACCAGGAUGAUACCCGCCAUGCUUCCCCCGCAAGUCUCUGGCAUAUGCUCUCCAACUCGAUCGCCGCCGUCAAGAGCCUCUCGGAUAACACGCACACGUUUUCGGGCCAGAGAUCUGACGGCGACAGGCGCAAGGUACCCAGCGGAUCCCACGCCAGCAAGGGUGUUUGGUUCGAUAUGUUCGGCAAAGGCUUCGCUGUCUUUGGGCUCCGAGGACUUUUCGCGUGGUCUCUGACGCUUCUGAUCGUGUCGCCUCUCAUUCUUGCCAUCCUGGUCUUCAUCUUGAACCGCCACGACAAGCUCUACUUCUUCUCCAGAAAGAUUAAUGUUCACAACGAGGGUUCAGAAGACCCCGUAUCCAUUGGCGGCUUCCGCGGGUUCACACGCUUCCCUAUCGCAGUGGGCUUCUCAGGUGCACUUACGCUCGCCUCUGCCUUUUUGCUCACCAAGAUCAACCCUAUGAUCGUCUACAGCAGCGAAUAUGCAGUCUGGGGUAUGAUGCUAUCGCUAUUCUAUGUGUCCCUCUGGAUGACCUUGAAGGGGUCCAGCGCUGUCAGGCCAAGUGCUCUGCAGCGGGGCUACAUUCACAUUUGGCUCUUCAUCGUCAGUUGGGGCCUGCUUAUUGUGGUGGCGGUGACGGAGGACCGUCUCAAGAUCGCAUCGGGCUAUCCUGUUGUGUUUCUGCACUCUGCGCUUUUCCUGUCGACUGUUAUCAGCUUCCUUGAGCUGUUCGGUCUCACCAAGAAGCACGAUUAUGCCCGUCGGGCACACGACGACCACCAGGUCCGCGACAGAAUCAGCGAGCUCCCCCAUGAUGAUGCUCUGAUCGCUGCGGACACACCGAACGAUGAAGCCGAGGAUAGUGACGGAGACGAUAGUGAACACGAGCCCACUGAGACCACACCUCUCAGGGCUGGUGGAGACAGUCGCGUGCGAUCGACCUUUGGGACAGCAUACCGGUCUGUGUUUACCAGAAAGAGCAGUCCCGAUAAGCACAAACCAUUUGACAACGAGCAGCCCUGGUCUGGCCGGCUGCCAGGCUGGACUUGGAUCUUGCAGUUCCUCCUGCUGGCUCCGAUCAAUGUCAUCUUGUGGGGACAGAUCGGGCUUUUCGCUGUCGCCGCGACACAGGCUGGCGGUGCCGAUGGAGGCAGCGUUCUCACCACCUACCUGAUUAUUGCUGUUCUCAGCAUUGUCAUUCUCGUGCCGCUUGCUCCUUUCAUCCACCGGGUUCAUUACUAUGUUCCCACCAUCCUCUUUGCUGCCUUCGCCGGCACGCUCAUCUACAACCUCAUUGCUUUCCCGUUCUCUGCAAACAACAGGUACAAGAUCUACUUUGUGCAGGAGAUUGAUGUGAGCGAUGGAUCCACCAAGGUCUCUCUGACAGGUCUUGACAAGUACGUCCAUUCGGUCAUUGGGGAGCUUCCCUCUACGUCAGGCAAGGUGAUUACCUGCACCGAUUCGAACGCCAGGUCUGGUCUUGUUGAUUGUUCGUACGAUGGGUCCGCGGUCCCGCCCCUGCUGCAUGGGGGCCUAGAUAAUGGAACGGUUACCGUCACCAAUAAGAGAUACCAGCAUCUAGUGUCGGUCAACAUUACACGAUCAGACGACAGCAAGAACCGGGCUACCCUGUCGAUUAACGCGGCGGACUCGAAGGUCUGUACUGUCAUCUUUGACCAGCCCGUCUCGAACUUUGCCAUUCGCGGCUCCGAGGGCCUUGAUUCUCGACUGGGACAAUAUCCCGAUGCAGGCGUCGGGAGCCUCAGGCUCUUCCGCCGUGACUGGACAUCGCCUUGGGUCGUGGAUGUGGAGUGGAAUGAUCAGCACAAGGUCGACGAGGUAGCCUCAAAGACCGAUAAGCCGGUUGACAAGGACGCCGUCGAAGAGCUCCGAAAAAGAGCAGGCAUAUCGGGCACCAUCAAGUGUCACUACAGCGACGCCAAUGUGCCUGAGACGAUCCCGGCUUUCCACGAGUGUCUCCAAUACUCGCCAGAUUGGGCGGCUUUCUCCAAGGCGGAUGUGGGCCUCGUUCGGGCGGUCAAGCGCUUUUAA